GGCAGGAGCUCCGAGCCGGAGAGCGCAGCGCACUAAAGUUCCUCCGCUGGAUGGAGAAGGGGCCGGAAAUGUACGCAGUCGUUCGGCUGUCAGGGUGGACGGGUGGAGUGAGAGUGGCCGAUCCUGACCGGGACGAGCCGAGCCGAGCCGAGCCGAACACGAGCCGGACUCACUGCGCCUCAUUGGAUGGGACUGCACCUGCCGAGGUUUUUUUGCACGCAGUUCCAAACAGAGAGGGCCCGGAAAGGAGGAGCAGCCUUCAUACAGCACAGGCUGAGCGACUCUGAUGUCAAACGCCACGAGCCGAGGAGGUCAAAACAGGGAGGAAGGUUUAAGGAAAACAGAGAGACCGCCGCAGGCUGCCGGAGGUUUUACUCGCUGGCCGACGGGUUAAGAGAGACGACCGAGCUAUCGCUGCUGAUCCUCAAGGCUUCAGUGGGAUUUAAUGCAUGCAGCAGAAGUUCACAAGCUUCCGAUCAACAGAAAGGCGGAACGCACAGACGCGCUUCUGGUGAAAAGCCACAGAGGCGGCGCGGGGAGACGGACAAACAGACGGACGGCUGCAGGGACCAGGAGGAGGGCAUGGUGUCUGACCGUGGGGAGCCUGGGCCUGCUGUUCAUGCCAGCGGUGAAUCUGUGCAUCACUUCCUGGGAGAAAAUGGAACAGGGAGCCAGAGAGAGAGAGGCGACCGGGAAGAGCUUCACCUCCACGAGGAAGUGGAGCGAAAUGGAGUGGUGUUAAUGUGUGCUCAAGCUCGUUCCUGAGUCCGUAAGUGUCUGUUUCCUCACACACCCGUGAUUUCUGCGAAAAAGGCUGCUGUUAGCGCAGAAAAACCUAUUUAAAGCCUUCAACUGCCUGUAGGCGCGUUUCUUUUCGACUAAACAGCUCCAGAGGGAACUCUGGGGAGAAAGGGGCCCAAUCGGCAACUUUUUAAUUGGCUCGGGAAAUCCUUACAGUUUUAGCAAAGAACGGAUUUUAAGAGGAGCUUUUUUUGUGAAAUUGGAAAAAAAAUGGACCUUUUUAUUUGACACACAGACACUUUAAUUCCUAUUCCUAUUCUUUGAUGUGAGAGCUUUCAAUAUGUCUCCUCACUGGUAAGCAGGUGUACCU